UCUAUCCCCAGGCACCUGCGGCUCACACAUCGACACCUGCCCAGGGCCUCCCCGUGCCUGUCCCCAGCCCUGCAGCAAAAUCAAAUGGGAGCUGAGCCCCAGGGCUGGAAAUCAAGUCAAAUGUCACCCGCGCUGGGCUGUCUCAGGAUAUCAGACCACGGCGGUCAUUUCCUGCUGGGAAGCAGCCAACAAGCCCACCCCAAGCUCUGCGCCACCGCAGCUCUGCUUUCCCAGAGGCGUGCAAGCUGCCAAGCAGAGAGGAUCACCACACUCCCUGAGCAGCCCCUCCGUGCAGCCUUCGGCUCUGCUGCCGCUACCAGGAUGGCUGAGGUAACCACUGCCCCCACCGAGACACACACUCUCCUGAACGAGUAUGGGGACUACCACAACUGGUCCGAGCUGUUCCACCUCCUGAACUACACCUACACCUUCUGCGAGUUCAGCCUGGAUGAGAAUGUCAAGCGGGUGAUCCUCUUCAUCCUUUACCUGGUCAUCUUCGUGGUGGGCUUGGUGGAGAACCUCCUUGUCAUCUGGGUCAACUGGCAGACACGGGGCAACAAGAGCUUGGUCAACCUCUACAUCAUCAACAUGGCCAUUGCUGACCUCGGAGUGCUGCUCUCACUGCCCAUCUGGAUGCUGGAGGUGAUGCUGGAUUAUACCUGGCUUUGGGGCAGCUUCCUCUGCCGCUUCACACACUACUUCUACUUUGCCAACAUGUACGCCAGCAUCUUCUUCCUCACCUGCCUGAGCGUGGAUCGCUACGUGUCCCUGACCAGCUCCUCUCUCUUCUGGCGUAAGCACCAGCACCGCGCACGCCGCGUCAUCUGCGCCUGCAGUUGGGUCUUGGCAGCAGCAAUCCCAUUCCUGGAGGUCGCUCACAUGCAGCUGGUCAAUACUGGCGAGCCCAUCUGCAUCUUCAUGGCCCCCUUCGAGACCUAUGAUGAGUGGGCACUGGCAGUCAGCUUGGCCACCACCACCAUUGGGUUCCUAAUCCCCUUCCCCAUCAUCACCGUUUUCAACAUCCUGACAGCCAGGUUCAUCAAGCGCACCAAGCCGGAGAGCAGAAAGCACUGUCUGCUCAUCUACGCCUAUAUCGUCAUGUUCCUCAUCAGCUGGCUGCCCUUCCACAUCAUGCUUACGCUGCUCACCCUCGAUGGCAACCACAUCAUCCUCCACUGCACAUUUGCCCACUUCCUCUACUUCUUCUACGACAUCAUAGACUGCUUUACCCUGCUCCACUGUGUGAUUAACCCAAUCCUCUACAACUUCCUGAGCAAAAACUUCCGCAGCAAGCUCAUCUCCGCUGUGGUUAAGUACAUCCCCAAAGACCAAGGCAGCCAGAAGGGUGCAGACAAUUCCUCCUCCACCACACAGCACUCCAUAGUCAUCACAAAGGACAAUAACCCUCCCAAUUAAGGGGAAUCGGACUCUCCCACUCAUCAUUGGCAAGUGGUUGUGGAGGGGGGGCAGCUCCCUGCACUCACUGAGGUCAGUAAGAUUGUUUUUCCUGGUGAUAAGCAGACACUUUGCUUUUAAAAAACACUUCUUGGCUGGCCACCUCCUGUGCUCUGAAGGCAGGGUGCCAAAUGUGAAAUGAGGUGGUGCGGGGAGCUACAGACAUCUUGCCUCUGAUGUGCUGCUGUAUCAGAUCUAUUUAGCUAAAGAAAGAAUAAAAGAAAGAGAUAUUUCCUGUUUUCCAAAAGAAAAGCAGUAAUAAAGUGCAUGACUCUACCCAGAACUCUGAACACAAAUCCAGCCCCUGGGACCCCACCCCUGUACUGCCCCAAGCCACGGGGCUGGGGGCACACAAUCCUUUCCCUUCACAAAUUUUUCUGCAGCCCCCAACUGUCACUUACACACAGGCCCUGGAUAUACUGAGCUGCAGAGGUGUCCGGUGAAUGCUGCCCUUCUGCCUUGAUGCCAUCCAAGCAGGAGAGAGGAAAUUAACUCCUUUGAAACACAAACCUCUCCUCCCCGCGCCUAGCAAAGGGCUCAAAGCCUGAUUUUACAGAAGUGAAGGCAAUGUGACGCCAAGGGGCUGAGCAUGACACAGACCUGAGCUUGAAGGAGGGGAGGAACAAUUUGAGAUCAGCAGCUCGUUGAGAGCAAUUUUGCAAACCCAGCAGUAAAUUAGCGAUGGUUAAAACUGGGUUUGACGGGGCACAGUUGCUUCCAAAUGUGACCGGUGGCAGCAGAGGUGGGGUUCCCAGUUUGUGUUUUGCGGCAUGACCCAUCCCAUUAAACCCAGCCUCCUUUAGAGCGUCUCCUGGCAAGUUUCUAAGGCCACUGGGUGCAUUUCUAAAUGUUGGCAGACUCUGGCAGGCCUUCACACACGCUCCCUUUCAGUCGCACUGAAGCACGCCCCGUGGGAACAUGUACGCAUGCAGAAACCCUCGGAGCUGAAGCACAGGCUGGGCUUUUGACUGUGUAAGAAACUGGAGCAUCCGGAGAAAGUUCAUCGUUGUCCAGAUUCUGCUAAGUCACAUGCUACAGGUCAAGCCCUUGGCAGGGGAAGGUGAAAGAGCGACAGUCACUGGAAGGGAGUCCAUAAAUCUACCAAAGGCCUUGAGCUGCUGAAGAAACACAUAUUAAAAAAGGAAAGCAUAAGCAAAUCUAGGGACAGGAUGCUUGCAGCAGAGAGCAGUGGGUGGGGAGCAGGAUGUCCCGGGCUGUGGCAGAAGCCCACGACCAGGGGUUAACAUGGACGCUCAGUUAUCACGGGACUGGCUGGGAACGGCUCUGCUAUUUACAGGGGUCCUGUGGCAGCAUAAAUCACUAAAUACUUCAGGGCUCCUUGUGCGCAGGGACGUUCCUUCUUACUACCAGGGGAUACCAGAGUUGACAGAAAAAGCCAAAUUCAUCUCUUACACAGAAAGACUUUGUACCGCAGCUGGGGAAGAAGCCAGUCCCCUCAGACACAACAGUACCCUGUUCAGGGAAGCAACUCGUGGCAGUUCCUUUUCCUUAAUUAUGUUACUUACAUGCAGUUUCACAACUUGUGAGUGUAGAGCCACUUAAGACUGCAAGCUCUCAGGGACAGAGGCUGUCCUUUGGGAUCUGCACCAACACAGGACCUCACUGCCUUCGUCCCCGUGACCCUCCUGGGCACAACACGCACAGUGAAGCCAAGCAGCCCCAAAACAAGCCAGCGAACGCGAAGGCAGCUUCACGCUGACACAACCCACAGCUCUGAUCCUCAAUCUUCCCUAAGGCUUCCUUUUGCUAAUACCCUGCCAUUUUCAAUGAAGAAAUGGAAGAUAAGUACACAAUAACAAGACACUUGAUGCGUGAUGUAACCAGGACAACAAUAUAUUCAAUUUCAAGUUACUUAAACAUGUAAAAUUUGAUAUUUGACCUAUUAAACUUUUUUUUU